AUGUCUGCCAGCUUACUUCCAGGUCACGAAAACAAUAACCUAGCUGCUGCUAUUCGCCUCUUGGCGGAAAAAUUGACUCAAGAGAGAGCUGAGCGUCCUGAUACUAUUGGAGACAUGUUUGAGAGGCUAGAUAAGAUUAAGCCACCAUACUAUAAGGGGCAAGCUGAUCCUACCUUCCUAGAAAAUUGGAUUAGGGAGUUUAGAAAAUUUGGGGUUGUGAAUUGUCCUGAGAAUAUGAGAGUGGGUCAGGCUAUACUGUACCUUAAGGAUGAGGCUGAUUUAUGGUGGAGGGGGAAUGAAGCUAGAUUGAGUGUUGUGGAAGGAUUCAAUUGGGAUGCUUUUGUGAUUGCCUUGAGAGGGAAGUUUUACCCAGCGUUUAUGAGGAAGCAGAAGGCCCACGAGUUCAUUAACCUUAGGAUGGGUAGUAUGACCAUCUCUGAGUAUUAUAGUAAAUUCAUAGCAUUGUCGAGGUUUGCACCUAAGGUUGUAGCUAUUGAGGAGUGGAAGGCUCAGAGGUUUGAGCAAGGGUUGACUGAUGAGAUACAGUUGGGGUUAGGAGGUGAGACCUUUACAUCAAUAGAUAUUGUGUAUGGGAUAGCAGCUCAUAUUUAUGGACUCCAGUCGAGGAGGGAUAAGAAGAAUGUUGUGGUAGGUGAGAAAAGGAAGGACUUUGCUGGGGGAAACCAGGGGAAUUUCAAGAAAAACAGGAAUGGUAAUGGGAAUUUCCAAGGGAGGAGCAACCAGGAUAACCGCAAUAGGGGUCGAGCUGAAAGAGUGUAUCAAUGCAAGAAGUGUAACAACAAUCACCCUGGUAGAGACUGUAAGGGAGACCAAUCUACAAACCAAGUUUCUAAGCCUGUAGGACUACAGAACAGCCAAGGGAACUAUAGUAAGCCUGCUAGUGAGAACCUCUACGAAAAUAAGACUGCAAGUAAACUGUACGUGAUGAGUCGCAAUGAAGCUGAUAAAUCUAUCGACGUAGUUUCUGAUAGAUUUUCUAUUAACUCCGUACUUGUUAAAACAUUGUUUGAUUCGGGGGCGACUUAUUCUUUUGUGUCGUCAUCUGUCCUAAAGAAUCUGGGGUUGGUAGAUUAUGAAGAAAUUGACUUGUCUAUCAGUAUACCUACUAGGGAGAUCAUAAGGUGUACCAAAUUGUUUAUAAAUUUGCCUCUGAAGAUAGGGGAGUGUGUAUUUUCAUCGGACUUAAUAGAAUUCACUUUGGGAGACCUAGAUGUUAUUCUUGGGAUGAGCUGA